AUGGCCGGAUUGAGGUGUUCGGUGGAGUCCAUCGCGGAGCUCCAGGGCUCGUCCAGACCCGUCAGGGUGAUCUGGCAUCGCACGGAGACUGAGAUACUCCUGAGUAACGGGGGUAACCAGGUGUUCACCUGUAACGUCAGCAGCCCGGAGCGGGGAGUGACCGCUGUUCACCGGUUUCCUGGACGGGUCGUGCACGUGCAGCCGAGCGCGGACGGACGCAGCCUGCACGCGCUCUGCGAGAACGAGGGCGUGUUCCUGGCGCGUGCGCCGCAGCGUCCCAGGACGUUGUCGUCCACUCCCUCUGCGGACAGCGGCUGCGGUCCUAACGCUGUGACCGUUUCGCCCGACUCGUGUGUGAUCAGAGACUCCCGUAUCCGUGCGUUCACGCUGGUGAAGCGGGAGAAGGUCCUGGUGACGGUGGCUCGGGAGGGCGCGGUGUGGCGUUUCGGCGUGUAUGAGGUGCCGGACGCUGCCUCGCCCUGCUACAGGAGCCUGGCGGAGCUCUGCCUCCCCGCUGUCGGGGGGGCGGGCCGCGGGGGUGCAGAUGCCCCGCCCGUGCUGAGCUGUGUACGAGCGCUGAGACAGGAGCCGGCGGAAGGCGGGGAUUUCCUGCUGGAGCCCGUCGUGUUCAGUGUCCUCUUCGGCGUGGACGCGGCGCUACUGUCCUCUCCCAUGAUCCUUUGCGGCCUGCCGGACGGGCGAAUCUGCAGCCUGCCCCUGCUGCUCCCCGGCGGGGGCAGGGUCAGAGUGCUCCACAGCCUGGAGCAGCCAAUUGCCUUCAUCGGAACCUGCGCCGGGGCAGCGGGCGGCCCCCACAGCCUGCUGGUGAUUGGCCGAAGUGGGAGGAUGCUGGUGGUGCGGGCUGAGGAGGGGGCGGAGGGGAAGGGGGCGGGGUUUAGGGAGCUUCAGGUGUCAGGGCCUGUGGAGUGCGCCUGCGUCAGCGACACUCACCUGUACUACAGCACCUGUGUGGAUCUCCUGGCCCUGCCGCUCGCAGACACGCCCACUCCCGCCCUCCACACCCCCCUCAGCCUGGGUAUUACGCAGCUGGUGGGCGUGUCACUGAGGGGGCGGCUCCUGCAGAUAUCCCUGCCGCAGGGGUCAGGUGGAGGUCACGCUCCCAGGCUGUCCGCUGCACAGGUGGGCCAGAGAGUGAGGGAUCUGCUGGCAGGCAUCGCAAACAUGGCAGACAGAGCAUCUUCGCUAAAAAGCAGCAUUCAGCUGAGAAAUAAAGCUCUCAGAGGCUUAAACCAAGUCUUCAACAUCUGCUGCCUGCUGCUGCCCGAUCACGACGGCCGGAAUGAACUUCCUGUUUGCAAGCGACCAAUCAGCUGUCACACUGAGACCCGCUGGAUCAGUCUGCUGCAGCAAGACUCUCUGGUGCUGAGCUGUAUUGUGGAAAACUCAAGCAGCUACACUCUGGAACCAGGCUGGACUCUGUGUGUAGAGGUUAUACCCCUAUCCCACGCCAAAACCUUAGUGGCUGACGCCCCUGCCCAGACUUACAGCUUCCCUCUCCAAAAACUGGCCCCAGGUAACAAGGUGGAGGUGACCUUGCCUCUGGGCUCUGAGAGUGAACUCUCCCUCCCAGUGACCGUGAGAUGUUCACUUGUGUAUUCUUUGCAAAGCAUGCUGGCAGUGGCGGUGGCGGGACGGGCCCUGGCGAGGGGGGGCCCCCUGGCCCAGCUGGGGGAAGAUUCGGGCUGCGUGAGCCUGCCUCUCCGCACCCUGACAGUGGACACGCUGGACUGCCUGCGGCCGGACCGACCCGCGGGUCACACACACGCCUGCGGUUCUGCUACAGGUCUGCUCCGGACCUUCCUGCGGUCGCGGGGGGCGGAGCGUCAGGGCGGGGUGGGGGAGGAGGGCGCGGCCGUGCCCGCGGGGGGGCCGUUCUCCGCCUGCGUCAGGGUGUCGUGUGCGCUGCUGAGGGCCGCACUGGGCCCCCCUGCCCCGGGAGGCCCCCCCCUCUCCUCACUCCUGCUCCGCUGGCUGCUGUCCCGCUGUCCCGGGCUGGAUCAGGGCGGGGUGGCAGUGUGUGUGCGGGGUCCCGGCGGAGACGCGCUGAAGCUCACUGCCAGGGAGAUGACGGUGAGUGACGCGAGUGCAGGUGGAGCGGUCCCGGCUGUGGAGCUGCAGGUGGACAGCGCCUCCCUGAGGGCAGUGUGUGGACUGCACCAUGCCUUGCUGUGCCAUCUCCAGGCUCUGUUUGAGGACCUCCUGCACCCGCGAGGCCCCGCCUCGCUCGGCGUGAGCGUCCCCCAGAGGAGCGUGGAGAAGCUGAUCCGGGUCUACCAGCAGCUCAGAAACAACCCGCUCCUCCUCCUCUGA